AUGGAGUUGAGAUUAGGAAGUUUUGGGUUGUACCGGAAAUUGCGAAAGGCGAUAGGAAUGGACGGGAAAGAUAGGGUUGAGGUAGUGUCGAAGGAGAAGAUGGAGUUAUCUUCGUGGAUUAGUUAUUUCCUACUUGUGUUUGUUGGGAUGGGUGUAGUUAUAUUUGGUGCUUGGUUUAUCUUGCCGUUUGUAUUAAGUAAUAGUAAAAGGGCGAAAAUGGCCUCUGCUGAUUGUGCACUUCAGGACUCGUCAGAUCCAGGGGUGAAAGCAGGUUUGGGCUGGAAUGCUGCUCAAAAGAGUCGAUAUUCACCACCACUGCCGGCGGAACCUAUCUUUGACGAGUUUCCUACGGCACAAUUUGGCCCAGCAAGUCGUAAAGCAAGGUUGACCCGUAAGCUCAGAGGACUGCUUGGUUUAUCGAGUGUCUCGGAGAUAGAUGAGGGCAUACCGUUACAGGAACUCAAACAUAAAAUGGUCGGUCUGCCCAAUGGGAAUAAUACUUGUUACUUGAAUGUCGGUUUGCAAUUAUUGUUGAAUAAUCCCGAUUUUGAGGAACUGGUCAACACCCAUCUAAAACCAAUCUUUGAUGCUCCAGAAACUGCUAAUAUACUUAUCUAUCAUAUGAUUACUACACUGAAACCAAUGGCCGAACCGAGGAGAACGAUAACUAUCGCAAGAAGGACAGAAGAGUUAGAGGAUGAGCUGGCCCGAAUUGUUACAUUUAUCAAUCUGUUUGUUUAUAUCAAAACAGAAACUAAGAUAAAUAACCAGGUUUUGCUUACGAUGUACUUGCUUCCGCUUGCUAAGUAUAUGGGAUUGGUUCGCCUAGGAGAACAAGGCGAUGCUAAGGAGGCACAAGCAAAACUUAUAACUCCAAUGCUUGAGCAUCUAGCAACACUAUCACACCCCCCGGAUCAUGAACCUAACACCUUGCUUAGCCAGAGAGCUGCGGAAGCUAAAAGCCGGUUAGAUAGUCUUUUCACAAUAACAAUGCAGGAGUUUGCACGCCAGGAAGUAGAUAUACAUGGGAAUGUAAAGUCAAUUAAUAGAACGCAAAGCUACGGUGUUCAGACUUUAUUAGUUGGCAAUGUUAAUACCGACCCAGUGCCAAUCAGUACUAAGAACGAAAGCAGGAGAUGGAAGAAAACAAAGAAAGAAGUGCCCAAACCCGAAUGUAUUACUGAUUGGAUUGUUCGAAGUCGAGAACUUGGCUCUUAUGUUACCAAACUUCCCAAAUACCUUCAUAUUGAACCUGAAUACAGCAACUACCAUGCUGGGCUCUAUGAGCGCAUCCUCAAUAUCCCUCUAGUGAUGUUUGAAAAGGAUAUAGUAGUCGCAACUGACAAGGCCGCACCAGAAUCAACGACUAUGUAUGAAUUAGUCUCUUUUGUUGAGCACACGAGAUACAUUGACGUUGGCCACUUCAUUGCCUACGUUAAGAUGGAUGAUGUGUGGUAUGAGCUCAAUGACAAACAAGUUACGAUGUUAAAGAUGCCCAUAACCACCCAUCCGUUAAUAGAACCACAAACUAGGAGUAACCCUAAUGACCGCGACAAUCGCAUCAGCACUCUUGUCUACAGGCGAGUUGAGCCUACCAACCCACUUCCCACCAAUUAG